AGGACUAAGAAUAGAUUAGACUAACCUAGGAAGCUGGUAUCAUUGAUGUGCUGACCACCUUGCUCUGCUUGUUCUGCUUGUCAACUAUCUUGUUCUACCUGUCAAUCACCUUGUUAGGCCCUGUACGACAAUAAGCCUCCCAACCUAUCGUUUCGCGCAGCGAUAAAUAUGCGAUCGGCUGAGCAGGCUUACGUAGGUAUAACAAAAAACUGAGGGAGAUUAUUCUUCUGAUCAUCAACUUACUCUUUUCAUUAUCGCCUCAAGUUAACAACCAAAAGUACGAAGCAAGAAUAUCGAAAUUAGUUUUGCCCGCGAUGGUGCUUAAAAAGAAAGAAGUAUAUACGGUGAUAACACCCAUUCCUAGCUUUAUACCCCGCCAGCUAGCAAUCGAUAUUCUCCACAGCCACGGCGAAGUCAUAACGCUGAAUCCCCUCGUACUCGAGUACAAACAAAUCAAGGCACCUCGCGAUGCCGUGUCCGACGAAUAUUUCUCGACGUGGUAUGAAAUACACGAGCGAAUUCAAUACGUCCCUGGCAUAGGAAGAUUCGGGUCCGGGAAGAUCACGUUUAACGGUUGCUUUCAUGAUCUUCCAUGGGGUCUGCAAACGCACAUUUACGCGCCGAUGGGUGUCGACCUCCGAAACAAGUAUCGCAUUGGAGGAAAUCAACCCGGUGUUGAGCCUCCGGAACAUCAAGAGAUUGGACUUGCUGCGCUCGGUGCGCCAAAAGAUGGACUUUACCUGAGAGAGGACAUUGAGAUACGAUGUAACAUUACUAUGGUCGGCAUAGUAAAGGCGCAGAUGAAGACAGCUAGUAAAGAAAUGAUACAGAGAAUCAUCAAAAAGGCAGAAUUACUUGAUUCCGGAAUAUUGCAAGGAAUGAUCGAGGACGGGAAGAUUAGAACGUUCAAUCCUAAUAAUAGUACUUACACUGGUGGACUGAGUGUAGGCGCAGGGAUGAAAUCACCACCACUGUCACCAGCAAGCCCAUAUCAUCCACCACCAAUGUCGCCAUCGGUACCAUACCAAGUCCCAAGGCCAAUAUCGCUGCAACAAGGAAGUCGACCAGGAACAGCAAAUUCAAUGAGCUACCCAGCGCAUUGGCAGGCUCAAUUCCAGCAACUCGAUCCGAACGAACAGAAGAUUCACCAGCAAUACGCCGAGCUACCAAAUAGCCAGAGCGCCGUUGUGGAAUUACCCGGUGAUUUCCACCAUCCGCAUUCAUCACCACACUUACAACCACCUUAUCCGUCACCAACAUACCCGCACCAAGGCCGGAAUUCCCCAUCUUCAGUCCAAUCCCACUCCCCCGAGCUCAAAUCUUGGGGAUGGUCUCAAGGCCAACCGAGUCCGUCUAUACUUAGCUCUCGGCCUACCUCGUAUUCUUCGGAUACGGGCAGUGCCGGUUUCGCGUCUCCCGGACUAGACCACAAGGGAUUCGCAGCUGAAUUACCAACCCAUCAGGAGACCACGGAGGAGUACCAUCACCAGGGUACAUAUAAGAAUGACCCGCAAACAAAUCGGGGCUAUGCGUAUAACCCGGCAGAUUAUGCGCAAGUUCGGCAUUAGAUGAGGGAAGAGUACGGAAAAGGAACGGGUUGUUAGACAGGACUGGCUGUGUAUCAUUUCGGGUUAGGUCUGGCGGUAUUAUGAUUCCCUCUAUUUCUAGGACAGGUCGUUUGGCGUUAUCUGUAUGAAAGAUUCCUCAAACAUAAGGAAUUCUAGGUUGGCGAUGGUUUUACGGUUUUACCACGCCUUGAAUACGGAGCUGGUUACAUGAGAAAAAUCUGUCUCUAUUGACAUUCUGCUACGUCUAUAGCCUCCGUCUAAUAUACGUGAUUGAUUCUUUUA